AGUGGGGGCAGGACACUCAAUGGAGACGAAGAGAUUUUUUUUCUAUGGGAGAAAAAAAGUUAGUUAAACUGUAACCGGCCACAUGGCGCUUUGUGUGUAGUGUGUUUCAGUGUCAUUUUUUCUCCACUUUUGUGAUGGAGUUAUUAUGGGAGAUCUCAUGGAGCCACUUUUAAAGGAUUUUCCUUAAAAAAGCGACUCAUUCAUGGAGCCGAAGGAGUGAAGGAUCAUGAGUACAGGUAUGAAGAAGCCGCCAGUUGCCCCCAAACCCAGGCUGGUGGCAUCUCAGAAGCCAGUCCCCCCUCCGAUCGCACCUAAACCCGAGAGCCUUCUUCCCUCUCCAUCUCCUUCUGCACCAAAAAGAGGGAAACCUGCACUAGCCCCUAAACCAUGCCUGGAUAAAAUCUGUCCCAAAGCUGUCUCAAACAGCAGUGGCAAAUCCGAGGGUAUCCCCGCAUCCAAAAAUGGAGGCCUUUCGUGUUACAUCAUACCACCCAAGAGUCACCAUAUGGGCAAAACGAGGGGAUCUGAAGAAACGAGCGAAGCGACGGAUUAUGAAUCGGGGAAAAAGCGAGGCAGUCCAGUCGAGGAGUUUGGCUGCAACAGUGGAAAGGACCAAGUGACUUUACUCCGACAAGAUGUGCAAAACCAAAUUCCCACACACUCCCCAAACACUACUCCUGAUGCAAAGGAUGAUACACACACAGCUGUGCUUGUCAAGGAUGACAUACUCACACAACCAGAGUUACAUUCUCCAACAGUGGAACCCUUUCAGAAACAACAGCAACUUGCUAAGGAAUCUUCACACAAGCGGUGUUUAACCACUGAGGAUAUACAUUCUAAUACCAAUACUAUGCCUUCACCCCCUAGUAAACCACUUCCUGUACCUCAGCCUCGGCGUCCAAGAAGAAAUUUGCUUCUUCGCCAAAAGCCAGUAGUGGAGUGUUCAAAUGAAACAGAGACACAACUCCCUGUGACCCUUCAAAAGCAUUUAGAAAACCAGUAUUCUGUACCAGAAGACACUUGCCUUGCAAACACUUCUUCAGACUUAGACGCAGGCUCUGCCAACAUUACAGACUCUACCAACAAUAAAGACUUAAGCUGUGACGCACACGACGAUGGUAGCGUGACCCAUACAGAAACUUUCUGCUAUUCCGAACCAGUCACUAGUGAAAUGUCCGUAUCUAUAGAAGAGGAGGAGCAACAGCCACCUGCCCCACCCCCUCGACAAAAGUCCCUUUUACAAAAAGACAGUAACAAUCAUAUGUCAUCUUCUCUGGAUAACCUGCUUCUUACGGAGCAUGCAAACUCCGAUCGGUUUGAUGAGAAGCUCCACAGAGAAGAGGUGGAAGAGGACGACGAGGACGAUGAUGAAGAUGGUGCAUAUGGCGAUUUUGCUCGUUGUUCGUUCACUAGGAGUUUACCGAAACAAAUUAGACUCAACCGUAGCCCUCAGCUGGUGACUGUAUCAAAGGCGUCUUCAGCAGAGGAAAGCUCGCCAAAGAUCGUCCCCAAAAAGCCACAGAGACACAGUCUACCUGCGUCCGCACUGUCAAGGAAACAAAACACGCCACCACAAACACCCGUUCCGGCCCCACCGCCUAUUUUUGGAGCACUUCCUGCCCCUCCUAACGAAAAACCCUCAUCAUGGCGCAUCACUUUCUCAGGAAUCCCUCUAUUUGGUAAACAGCUAUCUCAGAGCGCUAACCAAUCACAGACCAGAGAUGGAAAGAGGACGGGGUCAGUGCUGGUCAAGCAGAGGGCAAGGUCAUUCUCUUCCGCUGAUCUUCUACGUGUGGACUCAGGCGGUGGUGUGCAGAAACACCGCAGUCUGAAGAAACUUCUCGAAGUACGUGUGAAGCUGAUUCCGAAACUGCUACGUAGUGGGACGUCUUUGGACUGCAGUAGCACGGAUACAGAGUGUGACGCGCACAACGUGGCCAACACUGAGGUCACAGCCACCAGCGAGAACAUCUCUCAGCAGGAUGGAGAAGAGGACUGUGGGGUCGAAUAUGAAAAUGUGCCCCUCUAUGAGGAGAUUCCUGAGUACAUGAACCUGCCCUGGGUCUAUUCGAAUCAGAAUACGGAUAGUGGAGUGUAUGAAGUGCAGGAACCUUAUGAAAUGAGCAGGCCUCAUUUGGGCGACGAUGUGUCUGAGGAAGAGGAGGGGCUAAGCUCGAACGAGGAUGAUGACAACAGCUCCACCUCCAGCAAAGAUGAAAUGGACCAAUCAAGAGACAAAGAGGAGGUCGAGAAAGCAAAAAGGAAUAAAGUGGUCCACAUUGCCAUGGAGAUCAUGAGCUCAGAGAAAGUGUUUGUGGACGUUUUAAAGUUGCUGCACAUCGACUUCCGGGAUGCAGUUGCCAAAGCGAACCGCGCCAGUGGUAAACCUGUGGUGGAGGAGCGGGUGCUGAAUCAGAUCCUGUACUACCUCCCUCAGCUCUACGAGCUCAACAAGGACCUGCUGAGAGAACUGGAGGAGAGAGUCGCACACUGGUCGGAUCACCAGAGACUGGCAGACAUCUUUGUGCAGAAGGGACCGUAUCUGAAGAUGUACUCGACGUACAUCCGAGAGUUCGAUCGCAACGUGGCUCUGUUGGACGAACAGUGCCGCAAGAACCCUUCUUUUGCCACAGUCGUACGUCAGUUCGAGAAGAGUCCUCGUUGUGCCAGUCUGGCUUUGAAGCAUUACCUACUAAAACCUGUGCAGAGGAUUCCACAGUACCGGCUCCUGCUGACAGAUUAUUUGAAAAAUCUUCCUGAAGACUCGUCGGAUUACAAGGACACUCAAACCGCUCUUGGGGUGGUGAAGGAAGUUGCAAAUCACGCCAAUGACAUCAUGAAACAAGGGGACAACUUCCAGAAGUUGAUGCAGGUUCAGUGCAGUUUGAACGGGCAUCAUGAAAUUGUGCAGCCUGGAAGGGUGUUUCUCAAGGAAGGCACACUGAUGAAACUUUCCCGGAAAGUUAUGCAGCCCAGAAUGUUCUUCCUGUUUAAUGACAUCCUGCUCUACACCACUCCUGUGCAAUCUGGCCAGUAUAAAGUAAACAGCAUGCUGUCUCUGGCUGGUAUGAAGGUAAGCAAGCCCAGUCAGGAGGCUUAUCAGAAUGAGCUGAACAUUGAGAGUGUGGAACGUUCUUUUAUCCUGUCUGCCAGCUCAGCCACAGAGAGGGACGAGUGGCUAGAAGCCAUCGCUACAGCAAUAGACGACUACACAAGAAAGAAGAUCUCAUUCAUAUCCAGCCGGAGCCAAGAGUCAGAAGAAGCUCCCUCUGAUGGUUCUCCACUGGGUUCUAAAGCUCCAAUCUGGAUCCCAGACCUUCGCACCACCAUGUGUAUGAUCUGUACCUGCGAGUUCACUCUCACCUGGAGACGCCACCACUGCCGGGCCUGUGGCAAGGUCGUGUGCCAGGCAUGUUCGUCAAACAAAUAUUAUCUGGAGUACCUGAAGAACCAGCUGGCACGAGUGUGUGAUCAGUGUUACAUCAAACUACAGCAGAAGGACAAAGGUGAGCAGUCCGAGGUGGCCGUUUCACCCAUUGGCCGCAGCUCAACGUUUGCUUUCUCUAGAAAACAAAAGAAGAUUCCCUCUGCGUUGAAAGAGGUUUCUGCAAACACUGAGAAUUCCUCUAUGAGUGGCUAUCUACAGAGAGCUAAAGGCUACAAGAAGCCGUGGAAGCGGCUGUGGUUCGUUAUCAAGAACAAAGUCCUUUAUACUUACGCUGCUAGUGAGGAUGUUGCAGCACUGGAGAGCCAGCCACUGCUGGGCUUUUUCCUGAGGGAAGAGAAGUCUGGACCGGCAGAGAAGCUGCAGUUUAAACUCUAUCACAAGAACAUACUGUAUUAUAUAUUCAGAGCAGAGGAUAUUCCUACAGCUCAAAGAUGGAUUGAGGCGUUUCAGGAAGCCAUGAUUCUUUGACUUAUGUGGAUCAAAUAGUUUAUUAGAACUAGAUAUAUUUCUGGCCUGCAAUAGUAAACUGAGGAACCAUGCCUGAGCUCAGAAGACACCUUUUCAAGCAUUAAAAUAAUUGUGGGACAAUGGAUGCAUAAUAAGCAGCCUAGGAAAGAAGCGUGUCUUUCAACUGUCUUCCUCAGAGUCCGUCCUCAACACAAGAAUCAGGAAAACGGGUGUCUGGGGUUGUGCACUAGUGACGGGAAACAGCAGGACUGUCAGAAAGCAAGAUCAGAAAUCUUCUGUUACAUGGAUCAAGUUGGAUUUUGCCUCACAUUGAAUAUGUGUGCGUGUGUGUGUGUGUGUGUGUGUGUGUGUGUGUGUUUGCGUGCUAAUGAAUCAUAAUGUAGGUCAAGGGAUUAAAUGAGACAUUAAAAAUACCAGGAUUUAGCCCGAUUCUGUGACUUCCAGCAAAGCUCCGUUUAACGUCCAGCCACAUCCAGUGUGAAGUUCUAAUGAUGUUAUAAACGCUGUAUGUGUAAAAAGUGUCGGAACAGAUUCAAAAAACCAAAACAACAAAAAAAAAAAUCACGUUUGAUCAAAUAUGGAUGUGCAGGUUUGAAUCUUCAGGGCCUCUAGAUUCUGGUUGAAGAACAAAAAAUGUUUCUGCAAUGGUGCAUCAUGGGAGAUGUAGGAUACCACUGUAAAAGCCAGUUGAUGUUUUUUUGUGUUUUUUUUUUUUUAAUAAUAGCCACAACACUUUUAUUUGACGUUUAGCCUUUUUAAACAACUUUUUAAUCAUUGUUUUGUAUAGGACUGUCUAAACAAAUGACAAUUCGAUACUGGGAAUAACUGGAUGUACAUGUAAAUAGGCUGUAUAUGGUAAUAUAAUGCAGGGUUAUUUAUAACAAUCUAGGAUUGUUAGUCUCCUGAUGAAUUUAAUGAUUUUGUAAUUUAACAUCGUCAGGUUUCCAGCCAGUUAAGAACCGUGUAAAGUCACCACAUAAUAACCGAGCGUGGAGUUUUCAGAUGACUGUACACACUUGGGAAAAAUGUCAGGCACCUCUGUGCUACUCGUUACAAUCAAGCUGUUGUUGUGAUUUCAUUCUUACCAUUCGGCACUUCUUUCUCUUACAGUUUAGUUGGAAAAGGGUUUCGUAAAUAAAGGAUAAUAUUGCUGGUGUUAUGACGUCACAGCGAGAAGAGGUUUAUGUUUGAUAGGACAAAAUGCACAAGAGCACUGCACACUGAUUUUUUUUUUUCUUUUUUUUAUAUGAUUAAACCUGCUGUUUCAUUCACUCAUACCUAAGCUAACUGGUCAGGGUUGCUUUUUUUUUUCAGAACUGACUUUUGAUUGUGUUGUAACACUUAAGCAACCAUUUGAAAUCACUCCAGGGAAGUACUGUGUUCAGAUAUAGAUGUAAACUGCCAGAGGUAAUAAAUCAUUUUAAACAGGAA